AUGAAGCUCAUCUUCCUCGUCCUCGUGGGUCUUCUGGUAGUGGCAGCAAAUGCCAUUGAACAGGAAACAAAUGACGACGAUGAGAGCGAGCUCGCGACCGUCAACGCCAACGACGAUGGAUUCUCCAUAACACUGGAGAAAGCCGACGGUGAUGAUGAGGUUGAAACUGCUAUCGAGCCUACUCGAGUUAAAAGAGGUGCACGCCGUAGUCUGGCCAAACGUCGUAGAAUCAACAGAUUCAAGCAUCGCCGAGCUCGCGCUCUUCGUCGCCGUCAUGCAAAGAACAUUCGUAGGGCUGCCAAAAAACGUGCACGUCACCAGCGUCGUGCCAGAAUUGUUCACCGCCGUAUUGCCAGAAAUCGCCGCCGUCAGAGAAUCGCUCGCGGAUAA